AGGACAUGGACAUUGUCAAUGUCGAUUUCGAAUGGUUCGACCCUCAGCCGAUCGAUUUCCACGGCCUUAAGGUCCUCCUCCGCCAGCUCUUCGACUCCGAUGCCCAGAUCUUCGACAUGUCCGCGUUGUCGGACAUGAUCCUCGCGCAACCGUUGCUGGGAUCAACAGUCAAGGUAGACGGUAACGAGUCGGAUCCGUAUGCCUUCUUGACCGUGCUCAACCUCCAGGAACACAAGGACAAACCCGUCAUCAAGGAUUUGAUAUCCUACCUCCAGCGUAAAGCGUCAUCGAACCCCGACCUCGCCCCUCUUUCCCAGCUUCUUUCUCAAACACCUGUUCCUCCGAUCGGAUUGAUUCUUACCGAGCGAUUGAUCAAUAUGCCCGCCGAGGUGGUUCCUCCGAUGUACACCAUGCUGAUGGAGGAGAUUGCGUGGGCUAUUCAAGACAAGGAGCCCUACAAGUUCUCGCACUACCUGAUUGUCUCUAAGAAGUACGAAGAGGUUGAGUCGAAGUUGGACAUGGAGGACUCGCGGCCGCAGAAGAAAAAGAAGAAGUCGGCUGAUAAGGUUGAGAAGUUCUACUUCCACCCUGAGGAUGAGAUUCUGGAGAAGCACACGCGGUGCUUCGGGUCUAUCGAGUAUACACAUAAGCAUGAUGAGGGACACUCGGAUUCGAAGCGCGCGUUCCAGGAGGUGGGUAUCAGGACCAAUGGAAGUCUGAUGCUGUUCGAUGCAGAUAAACUUGAGGGUGCGAUCAACGAGAUGAAGGACUUCUUGCAGCCUCCGGUAUGAGUUUGAUGGUUACGGCAUGGUUUAUGAUGUUAGAAAAAAGUUGCUCUGCGCCUUGUCCAUAGCGUGUCUAUAUCCAGGUUUUGAAAAUACAUUAAUAACUCUAUGGUCUCCUUUUCUGGGGUUCAAAUAUGUUCAUGCGUUUAUGGCUGGUUCUAUCUUCGUAAAUCUUCGUCCAUUCGUUUAUUCCCAUUGAGUUCCCUUCAGGCGUUGCAUAAGGUAUUCAACCUCUACGACCUUAGUCAAGGGGAUGACAUAUUC